AGAAAAAAAGAAGAAAAAAAGCACGCGAAACUGCAGCGCCGGCUGGAACAACGAGAUCUUGCACAACUGUCGCGCGGAGCUGUGCCGAUUCUUGCUUGCUGCGGGCGAUAACCGUCCCCGGGCCCCGCUGCAAAGCGACCCGCGCCGCCCCAGCCGCGUGCCCGCAGGGCGGCAGCGCCUCGAGACGGGCCGUUGGCGAGCCCCGCUUCCAGCGCUCAGAGCGACCGCUCCGCCCCGCCCGCAGCCGCACGCCGCGUUCUGCGCGCUGCUGCAGCAUGAAGACCCUCCUGAAGUGGUUACUGGGACUCGUGGCGGUCGCCGUUGUCGUCACUGUGAUCGCCGUGCCGCUGGCUCUGCUCACCGGCGAAAGUACCCCUGACUCUGAUUCACGAAGAACAUAUACCCUAGAGAAUUACUUGAACAAUGACUAUGUGUACAAAACACAUAAUUUGCAAUGGAUUUCAGGAAAUCAAUAUCUACAUGAAACACCUAAUGGGAACAUUCUACGUUUCGAUGCUGAAACUGGAUCAUCCUCAGUAGUCUUGUUAAAUACAACAAUAAGCAUACAUGAGGCAACAACAGCUAUAUUGUCCCCUGACCAGAGGUUUGCUCUUCUGCAGUACAAGUAUGAAAAGUUGUGGAGGCAUUCCUACACAGCUUCAUAUCACAUCUAUGAUUUCAAUACAAGUUCCAUCUUAGUUGAUGCACUACUACCUAAUGACACGCAAUAUAUAUCAUGGUCACCCAUCGGUCACAAACUGGCAUAUGUUUGGAAUAAUAAUAUUUAUAUAAAAGCUUCACCAACAGCAGCACCUGUGCAAAUCACUAGCAAUGGAGAAGAAAAUAAAAUUUUCAAUGGAAUACCAGAUUGGGUUUAUGAAGAGGAAAUGUUUGGCAGCCAUUCUGCUCUGUGGUGGUCUCCAAAUGGCAAUUUUGUGGCAUACGCAGCAUUUAAUGACACAGAAGUUCCUGUUAUUGAGUAUUCCUUUUAUUCUGAAGACACAUUGCAGUAUCCUAAGACCAUUAGAAUCCCUUAUCCCAAGGCAGGAGCUAAAAAUCCAACAGUGCAAUUCUUCGUUGCGGAUAUCCAAAGGCUUCCUGAUUUUAACACUACUGAAAUUUCUCCACCCGCAGAAAUAAAAUCAGGUGAUCAUUAUUUGAGCGUUGUAACAUGGGUAACAGAUGAAAGGAUCUGUCUGCAGUGGCUCAGAAGAAUUCAGAAUUUUUCAGUCCUCACCAUCUGUGACUUUGAAAGUGCAACUGGAAAUUGGACGUGUCCACAGGAAAAACAACUUACGGAAGAAAGUACAACUGGCUGGAUUGGCAGAUUUCAGCCAUCUGUCCCUUAUUUUGCCCCAGACAAUACUACCUACUACAAAGUCUUCAGCAACACAGAAGGCUACAAGCACAUCCAUUACAUAAAUGGCACAGAGGCUCCAGUACCUAUUACUGAAGGAAAGUGGGAAGUAAUCAGCAUAGCAGCUGUAACCAAAGAUUUUCUGUACUAUAUUAGUAAUCAAAAUGAUGAGAUGCCAGGUGGAAGGAAUCUUUACAAAAUGCUCUUGGAAAGCAGUUCAAAAUCUACUCAGUGUGUUAGCUGUGAUUUGAAUCGAGAAAGAUGCCAGUAUUAUUCUGCUUCCUUCAGCAAAGACGCACAAUAUUAUCAGCUAAAUUGUCUUGGUCCUGGCCUGCCCUUGGUUACUCUGCACAGAAGUAGUGAUGAUCAAGUCCUCAGGUACUUGGAAAAUAAUACCGAACUGGAAAACUCAUUGAAAGAUAUUCAAAUGCCUUUAAAAAUACUUGACUCCAUUCCUGUAGGAGGAUACAACCUCUGGUAUCAAAUGAUAUUGCCUCCCCAUUUGGAUUCAUCAAAGAAGUACCCCUUGCUCCUUGAAGUGUAUGCAGGACCCUGUAGUCAGAAAGUAGAUCAUGCCUUCCGGAUUAACUGGGCUACGUACCUUGCCAGUACAGAGCAGAUAAUUGUGGCCAGCUUUGAUGGCAGAGGAAGUGGAUACCAGGGAGAUGAGAUCAUGCAUGCAAUAAACCGAAGACUGGGAACCUAUGAAGUGGAAGAUCAGAUUUCAGCAGCCAGAACGUUUUCUGAAAUGAGCUUUGUCGAUAAGGACAGAAUAGCUAUUUGGGGCUGGUCUUAUGGGGGAUAUGUGACCUCCAUGGUGCUUGGCUCUGGAAGCGGCGUGUUCAAGUGUGGAAUAGCGGUUGCCCCUGUGUCACGUUGGCAAUAUUAUGACUCAAUAUACACGGAGCGAUAUAUGGGCCUUCCUAUAGAAAGUGAUAAUCUGAGAAACUAUAACAGUUCAACAGUAAUGGCCAGAGCUGAAAAAUUCAAGGAAGUUGAAUAUCUCCUUAUCCAUGGAACAGCAGAUGAUAAUGUUCACUUUCAGCAAGCAGCUCAGAUUUCCAAAGCUCUUGUUGAUGCUGAAGUGGAUUUUCAGGCAAUGUGGUAUACUGACAAAGACCAUGGCAUCAGCGGUCAAGCACAUAAACACAUUUAUACCCAUAUGAGCCAUUUCAUAAAGCAGUGUUUCUCACUGCCCUAACAUAGCAGUGGCAACACCUUUUUGCUUUUUAGUGAUGGUAUUUCUCCAGAAAACUCCUUAGCUAAUAUACUGAGCCAGUAUAAACUUUUAAUAUGACAUAGGGGAGUCAGCUCUUGGGAUACCUGAGUGUUAUACAAUGAAGCACUAAUCUUAAUGAUUUCUGUUGCCAAGCAACCAUUGCAUUUUUUGAUUGUUUAAUCAAGUCAUUAACAUCACCAGAAUGUAUGUAUGUAGACUGCAGACGUCCAGAAAGCACAGUACUUACUUGAACCAGGAAUUAUGCUUUGAUAUUUCAAUCUUUAAAAAAAUAAAAAGCAAACCUCCAGCUUGUCUACUGGUGUAAUGAAUACUGAAAAUAACAUCAAAGAGAAACUGACAUGGUAAUCAUGAUGCUUCCCCCCAACAAUGAUUAUUUCUAUGAAAAUGCUGAUAAAACUUUGAACAGAUUUUGCUGAAAUUACCUAAUGCUUGAUCAGUGAUUUUAGAAAUGUAUCAGUAAUUUUGCAACAUUAAUAAUUCCUACGCAGAAUAAAACAGGUUACUUCAGUCCCUUGAGUUAUUAUUUAACUGCAAACUCUUGGAUUACAGUUGCAGAAUCUUACAUGGAAAGCACGCAACCAGCUUUUACCAGAAAUUGUGAAUGAUACUUAAACUAGUGGCUUUGAAUUUGUUUCCUAUCACUGUACUGUGAUAUUUACUUCAUAAACACAAAGGCUGCAACUGUGGAAACCUGCACUGGUACUCUAGCAGAUCACAAUUGUUUCUCUAUGGGACAGAAAUCUUUUUUUUAAGAUAAAUAAAAUCCUAUUUUCCAAUAAGAUAGAUUGCAAGGAAUAUAACAAAAAAAAAAAGCUACAAUGCAGCUUAGCUGUCACUUGAAGCAAGGACUGGACUGCAGCUCUCACGUGAUCAAGGUAUUUAGCAAACCUGCUUUUUUCCCUGUAGACUACCUUUAAACUUCUGCUUUACCUUCAGCACUCCAGGUAGGCUUCUCCAGCUAAAGAUGAGAAAGUCAUUCUUUUCAUUUCACAUAAAUAGUACAAGUGGGUUGCAUUUUUUCUAAAAAAAAUGUGCUGCUUAAAUUAAUAAAUAGUCAUUAAGUUAUGAAAAGUUGUAUAAUCUGUAUCACUGAAAAUUCUGCUUAAGAAAUUUGUUCUUAUAAUGUUAUAAAAGUACAUCAAUUCCAUGAGAGACUUACAGUGAAAUUUCUGUUUUUGUUUAGUGUACUGGAUUGGAAGGUGAAUAGCUAACACUUAGUUUCUUGAUAUUCAAUGUCCAUAAGUGAUGGUACAUUUCUAUUGUGUUACAAGUGAUACUGGGUGUGAAUAAACAGGUAGACAAAGAAGGGUGGGAAGUUAGCAGGGAGUUAUUACUUGCAGUUAAAGAGCUGCAAGUGAUCCAUUAGAGAUCAGAGAAGCAGUAAAUUUUUUUUAAGUGAAACUAACAGUUAUAUAGUCUUCAUAAGUCAUUAUGAUACUGUUCUAUGUAUCCGACCUACCUUACUGAUGCUAGAGUCUCACUGGGAAAUUGUUCUGGAAUCUGAACAUGUAGUUCUAACUUUAUCUGUGAGGCAAAAGAAAGUACAAUGCUAAUUACCACUGAUUUGAAUUUUUGGUUUGGAAAGCAACUUCUAGGAUAUACUGCUAUUGGAGCACCACAUAACUUUAAAAAGAUUAUAUGCAUAUAUGCAAUUCUUUCGAUUGAAGUGUUCUAAUAGGUAUCAAAUCAGCUUCUUCUAGCCAGUAGAUCUUCCCCAGUCCCAAGAACAAUGCAGGAUGCAGGCACUUAAUAAGAUGAUAAAGCUGCCUCAGGGAACCAACAAAUAGGGUUUUAAGUUAACUUAAAAAUGCACGACUACAGGAAAACACCUAAAACUGAUGCCACACAGGUAAGCCAGCUUCUUUUGUUAAUGUAUAAAGCUAGCACUAUGAACCAACUGUUUGUGGCCAAAAAUCUGCCAUGUUACUAGAUUUAGGCACUUACUGGCCAGUUAAACCUUUCUCCUUUUUUUUUUCCCUAUGUGAAAAGGAUGAAUUUAUGUUCUUUAUUAGUACUUUACACAGUUUAUUGUUCAGAGGCAGCAGAAGCCUGAAGUGCAAGUAAGAGUUCCCUGGCUGGAAAGCUUCCACUUCACGUUCAAAACUUGGUUGAAACUCAAAGGAUUUUAAUAAGAUGGAGGUAAUACUUUAAACAUUUGGGUUUUGGCAGUAGUACUGAACUUCAAGGACUACAAAUUUUUUUCAGAAGCAGAAUUCUCAUAUGGUAAGAACAGCAGACACUCCCACAAGAGCGAGUAGCCAAGCCAGUGCUCAACUAUUAGACACUUUAAAUUCCUCAAAGCUACAGUAUUUAAAAUUGUAUGAACUUACCUGCUGAACAGCUGGAGGUUCAAACUACUGCUGCCUGCUCCAGAGUGUUUCUCCCAAAAGCAAGAAGAACCAACUCAUGAUCAAUAAAUCAGAAUCUAAUUCCCACUCUUCCUGGAACAGGUGAGUAACGUGCCAUCCCUGAUGGUGCACGUACUGUUUGUUAGAGUCAGACCAUGUACAUCACCAACAACUGCAUGCAGCUAACCAGUGCUGAUUGUAUUCCAUGUUUCAAUGAGGUUGCACUUGAAUAUGCUUCCCAAGCAUCUGCAUUGUACAGCCCAGUCCUGCUCCAUAUUCAAGUGUUAGGCAGCCAUUUAAUAUUGCAUACUUAUUCUGAGUUUUGCAGUGUGAAAGUAAGAAUUGAAAAUUAGUUAGGAUAAAUAUUUAUUUUCACAUAACAUUUCUUAAUUGUGAAAAACACAAUAGUCUAUUCACAUGUACACAUAAACUCUUGUAAUAAAUUACAUCCAAGAAUUUAAGUAAUUUUGAGCAAGAAUAUGAAAUUAGAAGUAAAUAUAGCACUACAUUUUCUUUAUAUUGUGUGUGAUUCAGAAUGUUGAGUUUAACAUCAGAAUAGCAUUUAAAUUCACACAAGAAUAGAGUGACUGUUUAAAAAAAAUAAAACACUUUGGAAUACUGAACAAAAAUACAGAAUGCCAUCGAAUACACUGAUUUCUUAAUAUUCUAAGAGUUGGUCAAGUGAAACUAAUACAUUUUGAUUGUAUAUAUUAUUUGUAACAAAGUCAGCAACAUAUUAAAACACCACCAGGCUGCUUUCAGGACAAACCAGUUUUGAACUUCUAUACUAACCUUAAAACAAUUGAAAUCUUACAAUUUAUCAUCGAGUACACAAAACAAAGCAUUUAACCUUAAUGUAUAGGCUUUUUUUUUUCCUAAAUUCAUAAACACAAGCAUUUAAUAAAAUGUAAAUCCUCCUUUGUGUCCAUUACCUGUUUUUCCCCCAUAAAAAUGGCCUUGAAGUGGGCUUUGAUAAUGCUAGGAAAAACUUAGAACAGUAACCCUAAUAUGGUUUGCAGCAAAAUGCAGUUGUUUAUGGCUGAAGUAGUAGAAAGUAAACACACACACACACACACACACACACACACACAAACGUUAGAAGGAAUACUUUAAAUGUACUGGAUAUGAAAACUUAUUCACAUGAGAACUAUGGGAAGGUUACCAUGUCUUGGAAAGCUAGGGAAUGUUAAAGCCCUGUCACUGAGUUGCUAUAAUAAUCACAACAGUGUGAAUUCUCAUUCUUAGGAUUCAAAGCAGUAGUGACAGUUAGUCUUCAUUUAAUCAUUUAAAAAUUUACCUAAAAAAAAUUUAAAAAUUACUAAAUUGCAAAUAAUCCAUAAAACUUUUGUUCCACAUUGUCUAUUAAUUCAGUACCUAAUCUCACAGUCCUUGUUUUACACAAAAGAACAGCCUGAAGGAUAAGGUAGUAAGAAAACUGGUUAUGAAAAAUGUGUUUGCAAAGGGCUUUAAAGCCACAUUUUACUCUGCAAUGCAGUUUUAAAUCUUUUUAUCAAUAUGUACUUUAUGGAAUAGUUAAAAUGGCUGUAACAAAACCAAUAGAAGCAUACCUAUUUAAGUACAUGAAAUCUCUGGAAUUAGAGUUCUACAUUUGUUAGUAGAGACAAAACAAUAGAAACAUCAACUUAAGUGGAUGCAUUUUAGGAAAGAAGAGGAAAAUCAUCAGGCAGGUAUUGCAACUGCAUGGGGUUAUAGUUUGCAUGUAUAAAAUUUUCCCUAUUGUAAAAAUAAUGAAUUCAGUAAUGAUGUAAUGCAGUUAUCUGGCCUACCACAGUGACAUUCGUACAAUACAAGAUACUGUAAUCACAGAUUGCUUUUUUACAAAUACUGUACUGAUGUUUCACAUCAAAGGAUGUGGUGGUAUUUUUCAACUAAGAUGAUGAAAUGUUUAUAAUAGA